AUGACCAUUAAAGGCUAUGAAUUAGCCAAACAAAGAGGAUUAUAUAAAUCGGCCGACGAAAAAAUUGCCGAACAAGAAAAUAAACUUAAAAAACAAUUAGAAGAAGGAAAAAUUUCUAGCGAUGAUUAUAAAGAAGAAAUGAAUAAAGUAGCCGAAAAUAAAAGAAAAUUAGCCGAAGUAAUUGCUAAAACUUAUCCCGAACCACCCGAAAGUGCCAAGGAAAAACCAGCCAAA